AUGGAUGAAUUGGCUCCAGAAAACCGGAAAAUCAAAUACAUUGCUGAUAUAAUUAUACCAGAUAAGCUAAAAAAGUAUGUAGAGCUAGAAAAUAUGGUUUUUAGUAUAACCAAAUCAUCUGAAAGAGUAGUUCUAGAUUUUAUCAAUAAAAAUUUCACAGAAGAAGAGAUGUCAUUCAUACCAAACUUAAUAUUAUACGUAUCGAAAUUCCGAUGUCAUCAAAUUGAUCCAUUAACUCUGCUAUAUAUGUCAUUUACUGUACAACAUGGAUUUUCAUUGCCACUUGAUAGCAUUCAGAACUACAAUUUAGCUUUUGCAGACUGUCUAAUGCACCGAGGCGCAUUUUCUGAGACCGAAAGAAGCAAAAAUCGACAAACAGAAUUGAUUAACCAACAAGAAACCGACCAUAUUACAUUCGAACAGACAUUACAAGGUUAUAAAGAUCCAACAUGCAUCGAAUAUUUGAUCAAAAUCGACAAUUUAGAGGGUGUUAAAGAAAAAAGCGUAGAUUACAUAGGAGACGAUACAAAGAAAGUGAAAAUCAGCAAAGAUGAUUACCCAAGACCAGAUAAACAGAUGACUCCUAUCAAUCUGGCUGCUUUUUACGGAUCUUAUAAUUCAUUUCAUUUUUUCCUUCUCAAUUCCGGCAAAAUCACUCAAGAUACAGUCCGGGCUGCAAUACAAGGCGGUAACAUGGAUAUCGUUAAGUAUGUCUACCCAGAAAUCAGACAUUCAUACCCAGAAGUUAACGAUAAAAGUCGAGCUUUUAAUUGGGCCAUUCAUUGGCAUCAUAACAAUAUUGCUGAUUAUCUUUUGAGCGAAGGAGCGACAUGCAAGCUUUCCAAGAAUAAUUUCUACCAUUGGUACAACAUAAACGCAGCUUUGUUUAUGAUACAAAAUGGAAAAGUUCCAAUUGACAAUAGAGAACUUUUAGAAGCAUUAAAAGCUCUUCAACAACGCAAUAACAUUGCUUCAUUCCGUGCUUAUCUUCUUUACGCUUGUCCUAUUGAUUUCCUUCAACGCGUUGGCGAUGAGAUUUUGUUUGCUGUCUGUAAAUCAGGAAGUAUGACGGCUGCAAGAUUAUUGUUAGAACUCGGAGUUAAUCCGAAUUCAGAGGAUGGCGCGAAAGAACAAGCAUUAAAUAUUGCAUGCGAACAAGGUCAUGAAGCACUUGUUAAACUGUUGCUUGAGAAUGGAGCGAAAGUUGAUUGUUUUGAUGAGAAAAACUGUUAUCCUUUACAUAAAGCAAUCGGCGCAAAAAGAGAAAAAAUUGUCAAUUUGUUGUUUUCUCGCAAUCCUGAUUUAAACAUAAAAACAAAGCAAAACGAGUCCCUUUUGAUUGUCAGUUGUCGUAUGAUGAUGUUUGGCAUUGCAAAGACACUCAUAAAGAAAGGUGCAGACAUCAAUUUCCCUGAUUGGAAUGGAAUGACAGCUUUUCAUUAUGUUUGCGAAUUCAGUGAUAGAGAUACUGUUGAAUUUUUCAUCUGGAAUGGUGCUGACAUCAAUAAAGAAACUGAUGCUGGAAUGACGCCAUUCCAUUUCGUUUGCAAAGGUGGUAAAAUGGAAACUAUUUCGUUACUUAUUGCAAAUGGUUGCACACUAAAUCCAAAGACAACAUUGAACAGAGAAACAACUCCGUUACAUUUCGCGUGUAUGAGUGGAAAUCUGAUAAUUGUUAAGUUUUUGGUCGAAAAAGGUUAUAAUAUCAACAUGAAAUCGUGCAUUGCUGAUGGAGGAAUGACUCCACUUCACUAUGCAUGCCAAGGGGGACAUUUCGAGAUCGCAAAAUUCCUGAUUUUGAAGGGAGCUGACACAGAAAUUUCAUCUGAUUUGGCUUCUGAUUCAAAGACUGCGUCAAUGUUCGCAUCGGAUUACUUAGAUCGAGCAUUGAACUCAGGAGAUAUCCAAAGGAUUAAUAUUGGAACUGAAUUUAAGAAAUUAUUCCAAAGUUUAUCUGUUAGUUAA